UUGUCGGCAGGAUUAUUUGAGACAUCAUCGGCUCCGCUAUAAAUUACCAUUACAUUCUUCGCUUCUCUCACGGACAAACUCAUCUCUCUCUCUCUCUCUCUCUCUCUCUCCUCCUUCCUUAUUGUUUACUUUGGUUUCUUAUGGCGAGCGUAGAGGUUGAAUCAACCCCAGCCGUCGAGAUCAACCCCGCUCCCAUCACCCUGGAGACUCCGGCGUCCCCUGAAUCCCCCGACGUCGUAGAGCCGCCAGCUGCCGCCAAGGAGACGCCGGAAGAGAUCGAGGCUACUCAACCCAUCGCUGAUUUACCCGAGUCCGAAGAUCCGGGAGCGACCCAGAAGCUGGAAGAUGAGGUGUCCGCCGAGGUAGCUGAAGAUGUGGCGCCGGCAGGCGAACCGGCGGCGGAGGAAAUAAUAAUCAAGGACGAAACAGAGGAGAAAGAAGAAACGCCGGCGCCAGUAGCCGAAACAGAGCCGACUCCGACGGCGGAGGAGUUGAAGGCUCCUGCUGAGCUGGAGGGCGGGCCCGAUCCUCCCAAGCCUUUGGAAGAGGAGGAGAAGGACGCUGAGGUGGCAGAGUGACAUGGAUAAAAAGUUGAUUAUAUGUAUUUACGUAUGGUAUGAAUGGUAUAUGUGUUAUGUAAGAUGAUGGUGAUGAUGAUGUUGAGAUGGUAUGUUGAUUACAUGUUUUAAAUACUAAGGUAUGAGAGAUGAGAGAGAUGAGAGAGAUGAGAGAGGGGCCUGUUGUGGUGUGAUAUGUAAAAUGUUGAUGUUGAGAUUAUUAAUUUGAUGGGGUGGAUCUAUUUGUGUUGUGUA